AUGGGAUGCAUGAACAGCAAGCGGAAAGACCACACGCAGACCCCCGACACUAGUCGUUACAAUGAGCCCAACUACACGGACCUCACACGCAAUAUGCACAAUGGUGGCUUUUCGGGCAACCAGCCGCGUCGCAACUCUGCACAGACAGCCCCUCGCAACCCGCGCAUGAACACGGGCACCUCUAACCGCGCGGAAUCAGAUAACUGCUUCCUGGAGCUGGUAAAAUUCCGUCUGGAUGAGAGUGAGGUGCUACUGACCCGUAAGGUCUCGAGCGGUGCCUUCGGAGUCGUCUGGCUGGGCCACUACCAUGGCCAACCCGUGGCGGUAAAGCGCAUGAUCGACGGCGAGGAUGAGGCCGUUUCAUUCUCUCGCGAGAUUGAGACCAUGUCGAGACUAACGCAUCCCAAGAUUGUCCGCUUUAUUGGCUGCACGUGGACCAACAAGAAGGAUUUGGGAGGCGUGUCCGAGUACAUGGAUGGUGGUGACGUCCGUACGCUACUGGAGACCCGAAAGAUUGAGCUCAGCUGGAAGAAGGAGAAGAUUUCCAUCGCUAUUGACGUUGCCGAGGCACUUGCCUAUAUGCACUCGCGCUCGCCAGUGGUGAUUCACCGUGAUCUCAAAUCACGUAAUGUGCUUCUGAACUCGAGCAUGGUGUCUAAGUUGAGUGAUUUCGGAUUGAGUCGGAAUCGCUCGUAUGAGGAGACCCUGACGGCUGGUGUAGGCACGGUACGCUGGACGGCACCCGAGGUGAUGCUGGGAGAAAACUAUAGUGAGCAGGCCGAUGUGUAUUCGUUCGGUGUGGUGCUGAGUGAGUUGGACACGCGCGAGAUCCCCUUUGAGGAGAAGAGCAGCAAGACAGGAGCAGGCGGCGCACUCGAUAUGGCUAUUGUGAUUAAGGUGGCUAAGGGUGAGCUGCGACCAAGCUUCGCGCCGAAUUGCCCCGAUGUUAUUCUGCGUAUAGCUCGUGCGUGUCUGCAGUUCGACCCGGCACUUCGUCCUGACAGCGAAUCGGUUGUACAGAUGCUAAAUGACGCGCGUGUGCAGCUCCAGGCAAUGUCAUAA